AUGAGCUCAACUAACUUCGCCGCUGCACAAGAGCGAGUUCUUGAACGACGUCGUCUGCGCGAAGCUGAAGCCCGCGCCCGCCGUACCGCACAGCGGACUUCGCCGAUUAGCCCAGCUGUUGUACAGCGCCUUCCGUAUCCGUUGAAUCGAUUGCCCAGUUCUGGAUGGCGGAUAUGGAAUUCCAUCAAGGGGCGGGAUGGCACUCGGCCUGCUUUUCGGGUCGGACAGGUCGAUGCUGAAUUGUUGGAUGAGGAGCUGCUUGGCCUGAUGAAAGGUCAGGUUGGUGAUGCUCUUAAAUACUUUGGGCCUUAUAUGCGCGAGGACUGGUCGCAUGAAAUUAUGUUCGCUCUUCGAGCUAUCCUCUUCAAAUUAUCUAUAUGGGAUCAUAAUGCGUCAUAUGGUGCUGCGCUGCAGGGACUUAAAUACACAGAUAGCCGAAGCAAAGGACCUGUUUUUUCUUCUCCUACGAAAUGGCAGAAGAGUAUGUACGGUUUGUUGACGGUUGGAGGACGAUAUGCUUGGGAUAAGUGGGAAAGCUGGUUAAUUGGACAAGAAGGCGGCUACGAAGAGGUUGGUCACCGUUCAUACUGGCAAGCAUACUGCCAAAGUUUUACUGACAAACUCAAGUCAUCGCAGGACGUUCGUAUGCUAUCACGACUCACCGAUUUCAUCUCUACAACACACUCCAUCGCCGCCUUUACCUCUUUCCUUGUCUUCCUAGUGAACGGCCGAUACCGUACAUUGAUCGAUCGCAUCCUUCGCAUCCGCCUCACCCCGCCAUCCGCCCAAGCCAGCCGAGAAGUGUCAUUCGAAUACCUGAACCGCCAAUUGGUCUGGCACGCAUUCACGGAAUUUCUCCUCUUCCUCCUUCCGCUUGUUGGUAUCGGUCGCUGGCGGCGAUGGAUAUCUCGCGCGUGGCGGAAGAUGGUCAACUCCAUGCGGUCGAGCGGGGAAGAUGACGAACCAGCGAAACAAGGGGAGCUGGCCUUUCUACCAGAGCGCACCUGUGCCAUCUGCUACAGGGACCAAAAUCCAACAUCCACCACAGAGGCCGAUGUGCUAGCGGCGUCUGCAUCAGGCGGAAUUGCGGGAUCGGCGCAAACUGACGUCACAAACCCGUACGAAACAGUCCCCUGUGGAUGUAUCUAUUGCUUCGUCUGUAUCGUGCAGAAGGUGGAAGCAGAAGAGGGCCAGGGGUGGUCUUGUUUGCGGUGCGGUGAAACCGUCAAGAAAUGCCAGCCUUGGAAUGGUGAUGUCUUGGAAGAGGCACGGUCGCAGCCGGGUACGGGCAAGAUUGUUGGCUUUGCCAUGGACGGAGAGUCGGGUGAUGAGACCCGUGUGACAGAUCGUCACCAUGAGGACUCUGGCAAGUCCAGCCCAUUGCAGGAGAUCAGUGCCGAUGAAGCUUUGCAGCAUUCAGAGCAAUGGUCCACCAUUGAAAAGGAUGCAGAGGAUGGCACCGAGCAACCUGAAACACAUUAA